AUGAAUAAAAAACAAGAAAUUAUCAAUUACCCACCUGAUAAGAGAAUUUCUUCCUACAUUUUCAGUCUCAAAGCUAUCAUCGGGAAAGGAUCGUAUGGAACUGUUUAUUUAGGAAAACAUGAGACUACUUAAAAAUUAGUAGCCAUCAAAGUUAUUGAUCGAAGAAAUGUUGAUUUUGAUAUUCAAAGCUAAGAAAUAUCCAUAAUGAAACAAUUAAAUCACCCAAACAUUGUUUAGCUAAUUGAUUUUGUUAUAUCUGUCAACAAUUUGUACAUCAUUACUGAAUACUGUAAUGGAACUGACUUGAAGACUUAUCUCAAUCAACAUAAUCCAUUAAGUGAAGAAUCUGCCCUUAAACUAAUCAAAAGUAUAAUUAAAGGAUUGAAAUGCAUCAUCUAAAACAAUUUCAUUCAUAGAGACAUUAAACCUGCCAAUAUUUUAUUUGACAAUGACUAGUUGAAAAUAGCUGACUUUGGAUUCUCUAGAAGAAUCAAUAAUACUAUGACUUCUAUUGUAGGAACUCCAAUGUACAUGGCUCCUUAAAUUCUAUUUAAAUAAGAAUACACUUCUAAAUGCGAUAUUUGGUCUCUAGGAGUUGUUUUCUUUGAGCUAUUGUUUGGGAAGUUGCCUUGGAUGACGAACGAUAUUAUCGACCUAUUAGAUAAAUUAUAAAAUCAAUCCCUAAUAAUACCAAAGCAACCAAAAAUUAGUUUAAAAUCCACUAAAUUUUUAUAAGGUUGUUUAGAGAAAUAGGAGAAAAAUAGAUUCAACUGGUCUGCCAUCUUUGAUUUUUUUGCUUCAAAAGAAAAUUUACAAAUAUAAUUUAAUUCCUUUAAUGAAAAUAAUCAAAGUUUUGAUAAUAAAACACAAAGAUUUUACUAUUUCAAUAAAACCUUUAGGGAGAGAACUAACUCCAGCAAAUUUCACUAUCCUAAAUCAAGUGAUUCUAUAGAAAAUCAACCAAUAUCCUAAACUAAAAGAAGAGAGCCUUCACAAACAACUUUGAAAAAACAAAACUUACAAAAUAUCCGUAGAACACAAUCUAAAUUUGAAGAUUUAAAAUAAAAUUAAAACUCAACCUUAAUAAUAAGAAAACAUAAUGUUUCUUUUGCUCAAAUUUUGACAAAAGUUUAAUUAAAUACUUUUUAGGAUUGUUUAAAACUUUAAAUAAAUAAAUCUAAUUCCAAAAGAAAAACAUAAAAUCUAUUUUAGAUUAUUGAAUUUAUAAAUACACUCAGCAUUGAAGCGUUAAAAAAAGGAUAUCAUACUUUAUUUACUAUUUUAUUAAAUCAAAAAUCAAAAUUAUUACUAAAUUAAAUCAACCUAGAGAAAGAAAUCAACUUUAUCAAAGAUUGGGUGAAAUUAUCAGUUGAGUCAUCAUUGAAAAAGAAAAUGGAACUCUAUUUGAAAUGGCUCAAGGUUCAUGCACUUUCAAAAGAAAAUUAGAACAAUAAAUUAGGAAAUUUUCACUCUAGUUGA